UACACAUUUAUCAACUCAAAGCCAAAGCAAAUCCAAAAUGCCUCCCAAAACUCUCACUCCCAUUAAUAUUCUCUCCUCUCUCUUCCUAAUUCUUCCCUUCUUCUUCUUAACUCCAGCCCUCUCUGCCCCUUACUAUCCAAAUCUUUAUCCCGACUUUUACGACGAGUCGUGCCCUCGCCUGCCGAUGAUAAUUCGGUACCGCGUAUGGGCAGCCGUCCAGAACGACUCAAGAAUUGCUGCGUCGUUGCUUCGAUUGCAAUUCCAUGAUUGUAUCGUAGAUGGAUGUGAUGCRUCGGUGUUGCUUGACGAUACCAAAGACAUGAAAGGCGAGAAGAACGCGCCUGGCAACGUAAAAUCGCUUCGAGGGUUUGAAUUGAUAGACGCUAUAAAAGCAGACGUAGAAGCAAAUUGUCCAGAAACUGUUUCUUGUGUUGAUAUAUUGGGUCUUGCAGCUAGAGAAGCUGUGUAUCUGGUCGGAGGACCAUAUUGGAACCUUCCACUGGGACGUAGAGAUGGCAUAACCGCAAGCAUGAAGUCAGUCAUCGAGCAGCUCCCGUCCCCGGGCGCAUCUCUCGAGAACAACACUGCCAAGUUCACUUCAAAGGGCCUCGACAUAAAGGACCUCGUCGUGCUUUCGGGAGCCCACACCAUCGGGUUCGCCCGGUGCGUGACAUUCAAGAAGCGGCUGUUCAACUACAAGGGGUCGGGGCGACCCGACCCGGACAUAAACACCGUGAUGCUGGCGGAUCUGCAGAACAUGUGCACCAGCAGAAACGACGCGACGAACGGGAUUCUGGCGCCACUGGACGUGGCCACUGUCGACAGAUUCGACAACGAGUACUACACCAAUCUGAUGAGCGGCGUGGGGCUGCUGGAAUCGGACCAGGGCCUGAUGGCGGACCCGGAUACGGUGCGCCUGGUCCGAGCCUACAGCUUCGACCCGAACCUGUUCUUCGAUGAUUUUGCAGAGUCCAUGACCAGGAUGAGCCUGGUUGGGGUUCUGAGUGGGCGCAGUGGCCAGAUUCGAAGGGUGUGUGGCGCUGUUAAUGAUGAUGGCUACUGAAUGCCAAAAUUUGUCUAAUUARUUAGUUUUUCUUAGGGUUUUGUGUGUUGGAUUGGGGAUUAGUGAUCUAAGUUUUUUGUUUUUCUUUUUUUGGAUGACAGAUUUGAACCCCGACCUAUAAUGGAAAGAUAUAGAUGUAUUAAACUAUGUAGAUUAACUCUUCGUGAAAUGUUGGGAAUAUGUAACAGUAGGGUCAGUAUGACAAUGUUCUCGUUCGUACUUUCUUCUUUUUAAUGAAGAAAAAUAAAAUUGUAUGGCCUCAACUUCCAUAAA